UUAAGAUUUUAAGGCCUCUAUGUGGCCCAAACAUUUGGCUCCUUUAUAGGAAAACACUCACAUCCGUUGAUGCAAAACAACUCCAAGCCCUAAAAUGAAUCCUAGCCGUUACUUUACCCCUUUAGUCCAUUAGGGUUUUGAUUUACUUCUGCUAUUUGAGCCUCUUCUGCGGCUAUCCUCAUUCUCCUUCCGCUCCACAACCCCCACCCCAACCAUCCCCGAGGAAAAGCUUCGAGCAGUGAAAAAUGGCCUUCGUCAAAGCCCAAAAGUCAAGAGCUUACUUCAAGCGGUUCCAAGUCAAGUAUAAGAGAAGGAGAGAGGGAAAGACUGACUACAGGGCUAGAAUUCGCAUGAUCAACCAAGACAAAAACAAGUACAACACUCCAAAAUAUCGUUUUGUUGUGCGAUUUAGUAACCAAGACAUUGUUGCACAAAUUGUAUCUGCUAGCAUUGCUGGUGAUAUGGUUCUCGCAGCAGCUUAUGCACAUGAGCUGCCUCAUUAUGGCGUUGAAGUUGGGCUCACAAAUUAUGCUGCUGCUUACUGCACCGGGCUUCUGUUGGCUCGCCGAGUUCUCAAAACCCUUGAAAUGGAUGAAGAGUAUGAAGGAAAUGUUGAGGCUACUGGAGAAGAUUUCUCUGUUGAACCUGCUGAAAGCCGGAGGCCUUUCCGUGCACUCUUGGAUGUUGGCCUUGUACGAACUACAACUGGCAACCGCGUUUUUGGUGCCCUCAAGGGAGCAUUGGAUGGUGGUCUCGAUAUCCCACAUAGUGACAAAAGAUUUGCUGGAUACAACAAGGAGAGCAAGCAACUUGAUCCCGAGGUUCAUCGCAAGUAUAUCUAUGGAGGUCAUGUUGCUGCAUACAUGAGGACUUUGGAGGAAGAUGAGCCCGAGAAAUACCAGUCUCACUUUAGCGAGUACAUUAUGAGGGGUGUUGAUGCAGAUGGGCUAGAGGAGAUGUACAAGAAGGUCCAUGCAGCCAUUCGUGCUGAUCCCACCCCAAAGAAAUCUGAAAAGCAGCCACCAAAGGAGCAUAAGAGAUACAACCUCAAAAAACUGACUUACGAGGAAAGAAAAGCUAAGUUGAUAGAGAGGUUAAAUGCUUUGAAUGCAGCUGCUGGGGAUGACGAGGAGGAAGAUGAUGACUGAGCAACAUAAUCAAGCAAGCAAAUCCUAGCAUUGCCUUUUGUUUUCUAAUGGAAAUUUCAACUUUAAAUGUCAGAAAAAUGAGAAACUUGUAUUCGUUUAAAUGUUUUAUCGAGUCGAACUUCUUAUCAUUGUUUGUAGCUUUACUUUUAUAAAGAACUGUCAUCUCGUCUGAUGAAUCUGAUGUUGAAGGCACUAUCGUGUUUGGACAAGAAUGGUCCUACUUUUGUUAUUUUGCUAAAUUUUUGUAGGGAUUUGGACUCUUAGGACACUAGGCAGAAUCAGCACUGCUUUUUAUCUUAGUUGAAUUUGUUUCUUUGAAUCA